GCGGGAGGUCCGUGGGCGGGCGGUCCCGUGACGGCUCGGUGCGCACAGACGGUGGCCGGCAGGGCAGGGCCGGGCGCGGAGCGGGAGCCGAGCGCGCCGCGGGAGGAUGGCGGAGCCGCACGGAAAUGCUUCAAAAGCGGUAGUAACCUUAGGAAGGUGAACGGCCGCGUUGACUAAAAUUGCGACUGGGUGUGAGCUACACAGAAAUUCAGCAGAACUGAAGUUUGGUGAAACUGUGUUGCUGCUCCACUUGUCCAUCCUAUUUAGGAGCAGAAAUACUGAUACGGAGCAUUUGACCCAAUCUCUACAGCUGAGUCUCCUGAUAGUAGGAUUAGGAAAGAGUGCCUUCAGAACCAAUAUGUAGCAAAUGGGUGCCACACCUCUGAAGCUCCUCCCUGGGUUCAACACUUGUGUGUUUUAAGGAUCCUUGUUGCCUCAGCAUUAAAUUGUUCUUGUGGACUUCAGAAACUGAUUUCAUGCAGUGCUUGCUGAACGUUGAGUCACCAUGAGUAGUAAUCUAGGAAAAGAAAAGGACUGUAAAGAGAAGGAUCCAAAAGUCCAGUCAUCAAAAGAAAGGGAGAAAGAGGCCAAGGCCUCUGGAGGAUUUGGGAAAGAGAGCAAAGAAAAGGAGCCUAAGACCAAAGGGAAAGAUGCCAAAGAUGGAAAGAAGGACUCCAGUAGCACGCAGCCUGGGGUAGCUUUUUCAGUGGACAAUACGAUAAAAAGACCUAAUCCUGCCACAGGUACUCGCAAAAAAUCCAGCAAUGCUGAAGUGAUCAAAGAGCUAAAUAAAUGCCGGGAAGAGAAUUCUAUGCGCUUGGACUUGUCCAAGAGGUCUAUACACUUGCUUCCAUCAGCUAUCAAAGAGCUAACGCAGUUAACAGAACUUUAUUUAUACAGUAACAAACUGCAGUGCCUACCGGCAGAGGUGGGCUGUCUUGUGAACCUGGUGACACUGGCUCUGAGUGAGAACUCACUCACCAGUUUGCCUGACUCUCUUGAUAACUUGAAGAAACUGCGCAUGCUUGACCUGCGGCAUAACAAACUGAGAGAAAUCCCCUCGGUGGUGUACAGGCUAAACUCCCUCGCCACUCUGUACCUACGCUUUAAUCGUAUAACUACUGUGGAAAAGGAUAUCAAAAACUUGUCAAAACUCACCAUGCUUAGCAUACGAGAGAAUAAAAUCAAACAACUACCUGCUGAAAUUGGUGAGUUGUGUAACCUCAUAACGCUGGAUGUAGCGCACAAUCAGCUUGAGCAUCUUCCAGAAGAGAUUGGAAGCUGCACGCAGAUCACCAACCUUGACUUGCAGCACAAUGAGCUCCUGGACCUGCCAGAAACCAUAGGAAAUCUGUCCAGUCUAAGUCGUCUUGGCCUGAGGUACAAUAGGCUGUCAGCAAUUCCCAAGUCUUUAGCAAAAUGCAGUGAACUUGAUGAGCUGAACUUGGAGAACAACAACAUUUCUACUUUACCAGAGGGUCUUUUAUCCAGCCUUGUCAAACUGACUAGUUUAACAUUGGCCAGGAACUGCUUCCAGUCCUAUCCUGUGGGUGGCCCGUCCCAGUUCUCCACAAUCUACUCUCUCAAUAUGGAGCACAACCGCAUCAAUAAAAUCCCCUUUGGAAUUUUCUCUAGGGCGAAAGUAUUAAGUAAGCUGAACAUGAAGGACAAUCAGCUGACGUCUCUCCCCUUGGACUUUGGGACUUGGACGAGUAUGGUAGAACUGAACUUAGCGACUAACCAGCUAACAAAAAUCCCUGAGGAUGUAUCUGGGCUUGUUUCUCUUGAGGUUCUUAUCUUGUCAAACAAUCUCCUAAAGAAACUUCCCCAUGGAAUUGGAAAUCUACGGAAACUCCGAGAGUUAGAUCUAGAGGAAAACAAACUGGAAUCCUUGCCAAAUGAAAUAGCUUACCUCAAGGAUCUGCAGAAAUUGGUUCUGACUAACAAUCAGCUGACCACCCUUCCCAGAGGAAUCGGUCACCUUACCAAUCUGACGCACCUUGGGCUCGGAGAGAACCUUCUCACACACCUUCCUGAGGAAAUUGGUACACUGGAGAAUCUGGAAGAACUGUAUUUGAAUGACAACCCCAAUCUGCACAGCCUUCCCUUUGAGCUGGCUCUUUGCAGCAAACUGUCAAUAAUGAGUAUUGAGAACUGCCCACUCAGCCACCUUCCACCUCAGAUUGUUGCAGGAGGACCCUCCUUCAUCAUUCAGUUCCUAAAAAUGCAGGGACCAUAUCGUGCCAUGGUCUGAUGCUCAUUGAAUUGUCCAAUACACUGUACAAAAUACAAACUGCAUUAAUGUUGUAAUUGUCUGUAUAUGUAUAUAUAAUAUAAUAUAUGUGGUUUAUAUUAUAUUAUAUAUAUAUAUAAAUAUAUAAAUAAUAUAAAAAGGCAAAUUUAAGACUGCAUUAUGUGUUUCUGCUAAUAGAGGAAUCAUAGCCAUUUAGAUUUUUUUUUAUUCUGUAAAAAUGCUUGUCUGAGUUUUCUUUGCUGAACUUGAUGGAAGUUGUCUGAAUAAUCUGAAAAUGCCAGUUCAUUUAAAGCAAUUGCCAAUGAACUCAAAGUUUAAAUUUAAGGGACAAAACCAGUUUUGUUUAGAUUUACUUUCAGUUAAGAGAAAUGUAUAACCUUUAUAUAAUGAACUUUUCUGUUUUCCUCCCCCCUCCCUUUUUUUUUUUCUUUUUUUUUUUUUUUUCUUUUUUUUUUUUUUGUGUCAAAACCUGAAAGGGUCAUGUGCCCUGAGGUUGGGAUUUUCUUUUAACUUAUUUUGAGAUUUGAAGCAAAUGGUGUUUUUAUAUUGUUUACAGUCAGAGUAAAUCACUGGAUUUUGUUUUAUUCUGAUUUGCUCUGUUUUAAUCAAUCAUAUCUAGAGUUUAUAUGCCUCUGCUGAUGAAUUUUUAUCAACCGGUUUGUAUACUAAAAACAUACUCAUCAGAACAACUGGCAGGUGAAAAGGAUGCAGUCGAAACAAAAAGAAAAGAAAAAAGAAGCUUGAAUUCCUUUAGGUAUUGCUUCCCUGAGUUACCAGUUGCAGGCAUAACAUAUCUGAACUGAGCCUUUUGCGGUUGGUCUUUUCUAGCACAAGUAAACCUUUUCAGAUUGGUCAAAAUGUGGAGUAUCCUCAGUGAAGAGCGGUUUUCGUUGUGUGAAGUAACAAGUCCAUGAGGUCUAACAGUACAGUUAAGUGACAAGGAAAUAAUAUAUAUGUACAUUUUUAUUACAAUGUUGAGUCAUAAACUACAACAGGCAAUUUUAAGGAUUCCUUAUAGACCUUGUACAAUAAAUGAAUGUGUCUUACUUUUAAACACUGCAAUAUAUGUAAGUUUUAAGGUUGGUUAACAAUGUACUAUGGUUUUAUAUCUUGACUUGCCUUGUACCUCCUUCCAUUACGGAACUUCUGUGUCCAAGCACAAUAUCUUCACACUGUGCUGUUUUGCUGCUGAACUAAAUGCACUUUUCCCCCACAGCUGGGGCACUUGCUUCAAAAUAUUCAGUUCAGUAUCUUGAUUAUUCUUUUUUAACUUCAUCCUAUCUGUUUCAGUAUUAAACCGAUCUAUUAAAAAAGAGGCACCUUUUUCAUUUGUGCAGAGAUGCUGGUAGCUCAAGAGAAACACUGUAGGUAGUGGACAUCAGUUUUAUCAUUAAUUUCUUGGCUGUUUCAAAGGCAGAAGAUGCUUCAGGGAGAUUUACACUAUUGCUGCACUUGCAGGGCCAGUUGUCUUUUUUCAGGAGGGUAAGAACUUGAGGCAGUCACAUUCCAUGGUUACCCAAAAACUGUUCAGUUUAUACUCAUUGGAAUUGCUGCUGGGGUAGCGUGACUUAGAGGACUGUACCUUUUGCACAAAAUCAAAUCAGUGGAUGCCAUGGGAAAUCUGUUUCACAUGCAGAAGUUUGGGAAUAUUAUUUCUGGCUUUCAGGCAUGCUUAUUUAGAUGUAUUUCCUUGAUCUAUUUGCAUUUUGUUUUGUUGUAUGUCUUUUCAUUAACAAGGAGUAAGUUUUAAAUGGAAGGCAGGUGGAGAUAUAAAACCUUAGAGGGCUUAAACAUGCUGUAAAACUAUUGUAGAUGUCACUGGAUUUUACUAAGUAAUGUUCUAUUCUUUCUCACACACUCUCUCUGUCGUUCCUUCCCCUUCCCCCCUUUUUUUUUUACAUCUACUGUAGCUUUUCAGUUUAGACUUUAGUUUAUAAAAGGCUAGUUCCUUACAGUUCUGCCUGAGUUAAUCUUUCUCAGCACUAAGGUGUUAAAAUAUGAAGAUGCUGAAAUGCUUAUUAUCAAGACUGUAAUCUAAGUUCUGAAUAUACUGCAGAGUCCGUGUUUGUGCCCUCAGGUCACUAGGGGGGAAACUGGUUUGAUUAAUAUGGUUCCUUAAAGCAAAAGUGGCGACCCCUUGUGUUUCCAAGCGUCUUGGUCUCAUUCCCUGUCUGCUCCUGAAUCCCAUUUUUAUAAGAGAUCAAGGGAUUGAAUUUGUUUAGUUUGUAAAUAUGUUGAUUAUUCACCUUGUUAAGGUACAUGGUUAAUGACUGUAUGAUUGGAGCUGACCCUCUCUCACAUAAAUUCCUGUGAAUUGGAGAAGUUGGCUACCAAAAUAGUGCUCGUUACACUCACUUAAAAACAAGCUAUUCUUUUCAGUACACUUAUAGGAAUAAAUAAAGCUAUGUUUUAAUUCAUUACUAUAUUAAAAACAGGAUAUUUUUUUCAAACUAUCUUUGUACUAGUAUGGUUGUUGCAAUGUCAGAUAAUCCUGAGCCCUGUUUUAGGAGUUUAAUUUUAUACACUUUGAGGUGAAUGCUUAUUUUUUCUGUGUCUCAAGGGAGAUUUGAAUAAGAGCAGUGUGAGAGAGGUUUUUGAUACAGGAGAAAUCCAGUCAGAAGAAUUUGAAAAGUUCUCUAAAAUGGUCUGAAAGUUUAAGUAUUAAAUAUCUGGCACAGAUUGGGAAUACAUGCAUAUAAAUCCAUCUAAGUACAUACAUGGAUUUAUAUCCAGAUCUAUACAUAGAUCAUAUAAAUCCAGCCAUUUUGAUUAUUCAGAACAGUCUUACCUCCUGAAAUAACAGACUUUUGCAUUUCCCAGGAUGUUGGAUUGUUAACUGGUGUAGUUUCUGAAUGGUGUUAUUGCCUGGUGACAUUCAGUUGAACACACAUACUGGCUUACGCAUGUGUAAGAAUUUUAUUUGCCCUAAUCAGUUAAAGUAUGAAUGGAAAGAACUUUAUUUUGGCAACUGUAUGUAUACAUAAAUACAAAAAAUGUAUUUAUGUAUCUAUACAUGUAUGAAAGCAUAGACAAGGUGGAGAAAUUAAUUAUUUACAGCAUUUUUGAAAAUAAGAUUGAGAAAUAAGUGAUUGCCAAAUACUUGUAUUAAAUACUUAGCCUCCUUGCUAUACUGAGGGAAAUAAUUUAGAAUGAUUAUUGAAAAAUGUGACAAUCUUUACUUUGGGUCAAAAUUAUGACCUUGAUUGCUUGUCCAUAGCCAAAAUACCAAUUUUGCAUGUGUCUGUGCCUAUGUACAUGCAUAGUCAUGCCCCAUAAAGACACUGUCCUGAAUCAUGCCUUGAUUUAACAAGCUAAAUUACUAUAGAAAAGGUAGUAUUAUGGAAGUCUGGUAAGGUAUAAAGCAGUUCAGAGAUUGGUUGAACAAUGAAAAGAAGGAACAGUUGCUGUUGUGACUUGUGUUGGUCACAUACUGCGUUUUAAUUUACUACAUAGGAAGUUGUUGGAUAAUUCUUUGCAAAAAUUCUUUAGCAUAAACCCAUUAAAGCUGUGUCUCUUGCUGUCCCAUAUUUGUCACCCAAAAUUGUCUGCUAUAAAUGCAGUGGAAAUGCUGCUUGUAAAGUUGGGUCACAUAGCUAUAUAAUUGAGACUUUUCAGUUUGGCAGAUGCCAAUGGAAAUGUUGACCUUCAUGCACCCCUUCUAGAAAGAGAUUUGGAUUGUAGAAUAUUUGCUUCAGUGCCUCUCUUUGAUUUAGUAUUUCUAGGAGCGUGCAUGUUUAGACUUCUUGAAGGUUGUGAUUGCUCAUUUAGUACUUAGAUUGUCUCUCUGGUUAGUGCUUAAACUCAUUGUGUCACCUGGAGUUCAAGUGUCAUCUUCAAUCCUCAGAGUUUGAGAAAUAUCUUUUAUUUAACUAUUAGAAAACUUUGAGAGAUUAUUUUUUUCUCUCUUUUUUUUUUAACCCCCAAAUAAAUUAAACUUCUGAAUCAGCACAAAUCCAUAUCAGGAGACUUUUUGUAUCUGGAUGCAACUAAGAAUUUUCCUGUCAGUGUCACACCUCAGUUGUAUCAGGUAGACAUGCCAGAGUAGCUUCUAGUUAGAAAUGUGCAGUUGGCAGUAAUUUGCGCAACACAAACUUCAAGGCACAGUAAGGACAAUUGCAAACAAGUGAUAGGAUCUAUGAAUGGGUUUUGUUUUCACAUUAGCAAAUAUAAAAGAAAUAUUUUUUUUAUUAUUCUGAUUUAGAUCUUAACCAGGACUGCACAGGACCUUUGCUGUGGAAAAAUAUCAGACCACACUAAUUUUGUGGUUAAAAGCUAAGUGAGAGUGUAAACAGUCUACAAAAAUGUACUUUUAAUCUGAAUUAUUGUAAUGUUGAUUGUUAUGUCUAUAUAAAAGAUUGCCUUGCUUUUUUAUAAGAGUCAUUCUGUAUCAAUGCAUUCAUUAUAAAUAGUAUGUUUGUAAAUAAGCUGCCACUGAGUCUUUUGAAAGUUUUCUAGUAUUUCUAGUCUGACAUUAACCUGGAUAUAAGUCUACUUUUGCAGGACCUCAAAUUAAUAAGAACUGCUUUCUCAUUAUAUACUUACCACUCUUCGAAAGAUCUCAAAAUAUAGAUUUUUAUGUAGAGCAAUUACAGGAAACUUCAAAAGUUGGAUGAAAGUAACUGCUUUACUCAGAGUCAUGUAGACUGGAGACCUUCUAUAAAGCAAAUGCUGGUAAAAACGUUUAUAUUUAUUUUGUUAUGGUUUAGUAGGGCAUGUAGUAAAAAAAAAUCCCACAGCUUUCUCUCUGAUGGGGAAAAGAAAUCUUGGAUUUUAGUGCAAAUUGCAUUUCAGCAGCAACAAAAUUAAAGUAGGUAUAGAAUUGUGAUGCCUAAAAGGGAGACACCAGCAUUUAAUCUUCAGGUUCAAUAAAAGACAGUAUUGCCAAGCUGCCGUGGCACUGAUUAAACUGAUGUCUUUCAGCUCUGUGAAGCUCAUUGCACAGACUGCUUCAAGAAAGUCAUGCUUACAUCAUGCCCUACAAACUAACAAACAAAAAGCCAGUAUCCUUGGAAGUCAGAACAGAAAGACCUCAGGAAUUUGGACAUGAGGAAGAGGAGCGUAGCUGGUUGCUUUAAAAAGCUGGAACUGGCUCUCGUAGUGUGCAGCAGUCACUUGUGCAAUAAUGAGUGCUUCUGUCAUUUCAUCAGAUCUCUGUUGAUUAAAAUCAGUAGAGGCCCUGAUCAAAAUACCUAAUCUCCAUCUUGAGUUGAGUCAGUGCCUGUAACCAUAUGUGAUCUGGCACUCUGAAAGCAAGCCAGUCUUCUCGCAAGCGUGGCUGUCCCGUGCUGUGAUGUUGGACCACCUGCCAUCCACCCCUGUCUCACAGGGCUGUGGCAGAUGUGCAGAACAGGGAUGUGCAGUUCCUCUGCAGUACUGCUCCAGACCUCACCAACCAGAGUUUGAAGGGCUUGCAAAAAGGAAACAGCAUCUGCAUCACUGCAUUUAGUAGCCUUGAUAGAUUAAACGAAUUCACGGAAGAAACUUUAUUUUUCCUUUUUCUUUUUUUUUUUUUAAUUUUACAUUUCUAUGUAUUUCUGGCCUCUGUGACAUCUUCUGUCUAAUAACUCUACAAUAUAAUUACAUGCCAGGUGAAAAAGAACUUCCUUUUGUUUGUUUCAAACUACGCCACCUUAUUUCAUUUGGUAACUCCUAGUUCUUGUAGAACUAGAAAUUUAUGAACAGUUUUUUUCCUGUUCAUCUGCUUUUUACCACUCUUGAAGGUUUUGGGUUUAUUUUCAUAAAUGGCAGCAUUUUUUCCUCCAAGUCAUGGAGUUCUAGUUUUUUAGCUUCUCUUCAAACUAAACCUCUUCCAUUCUCUGAUAAUUCUUGCUGCCUUUCUCUGUGGUUUUCUAGUCCCAGCUCUGAGUCUUUUUCCUAGUUCAUGGCCUUUAGCAACCUCUUUUGUUCUUUGUGUACUACUGCUUUGUGAAAUAAAAGUACAGUUCUGUUACGAAAAUUAAA